CUUCUUUUAUCCAUUCUUCAAUGGAUUCUUCCCUCACCAGUCACCACAAUUGUUUGGAUCACUUUAAAAUCCAGAGCCUGAGCUACAAAUUCAAUAUUUCCUCAUCCCUUUCUACAAUUUCCUCUUUCUCCGGAUUUUCUCCAAUGCUAUGGAGGAUCCGGAGCGACCCUCGUCAUCGGAUUUUUCUGGAUUUUCUUCUACAGCUGGGAGGGACGACGGUGAUUCCACAGCUGGGUUAGUCUGGCGUCAUGAUCGUGAUGCACCGCCGCAGCCCUUCCCAGACCGGACCACCGAUUUUCAUCAUCGUCAUCAUCAUAAUCAAUAUCAUGAUGAUAUGAUGUAUCAGACAAGGACGACUACGGAACGUGGAGAUAUGUCGUCGCCAUCUACAAAGGACGAUUCCUGGUUUUGUAUCCUUGUCAGCUUCGUAUUUGGUCUCUUCGCUUCAAUGACUCUCAUUCUGGGUGUGUAUGGUUCUGUCACUUAUCAAAUUGGCCCAAACUCUUCAUUCUUAAUAAAUCCUAAUCACUUGUUCGUAGAUUAUAUAAAGGUUGAGCAAUUGGGUGAGGUGAAUUCAGGGCCAGUACUCUAUGGAUUCUACGAUACACCUGCUCUUGAUAUAGUUAAAACUUGGUCUGAGGAUCAUAUCACGUCUCUUCCAAUUAGCUCUCAUAAGGAAUGGACAUUUGUACUAAAUGAGGGAUCUCAAAUAAAUAUUUCAUACAGUAUUAACUCAGCAAGCUCUUCCUCACUAAUACUUGUAAUUGCCCAAGGGAAUGAGGGCCUUGAUCAAUGGCUUGUGAAUCCAUCAUAUCCUGAUUCUACUCUGUCUUGGAAUAACAUUCAUGGAAAUGGUGUGAUUCAGCAGGAUAUUACAAAAUCUUCUAACUACUAUGUUGCACUAGGAAACUUGAACUCGGAGAAAGUAGAGGUGCAAUUGCAUAUCACGGUGAAGGCUUAUGUGUACAAUACAACAGGGGCUUACUAUGCAUGUACUAUCUCUCAUCGCACUUGCACUAUGAAACUGUUUUAUACUAAUCAGAAUGCUGCUGUUUUGGCUACACCUGGUUCUGAUGAGGCUGGUGCUGUUGAUUGGUAUGUUAAACUGUCAUAUGGACCUCGCUGGAUCACAUUCAUUGUUGGCAUUGGUGGAAUGGCAUUUCUGAUUAUCCUUGGCCUUAGAUAUAUGAACAAGUACAACCGUGGGCAUGGAACUAAUACGAAUGUAGAAGGACCCUCCGAUAGGGCUCCUCUGCUAUCACAGAAAGCUGAGGACCUGUCUAAUCAUGGUUCUUCCUAUGAUUUUGCUUCAGACCAUGAUGAAGACUUUGAAGAAGGGAAGACUCUAAGAGAUGGAGAAUCCGAAGAUAGUAAUACUAAACGCCUAUGUGCAAUAUGUUUUGAUGCUCCUAGAGACUGUUUCUUCCUUCCUUGUGGUCACUCUGUAUCGUGCUAUACUUGUGGAAAAAGGAUUGCUGAGGUGGCGGGUACUUGCCCAAUCUGUCGCAGGGCAAUGAAGAAGGUGAGGAGAAUUUAUACAGCUUGAUAAUUGAAAUAGUUUUUAUGUUCAUGUUUAUAGAAAUACAAUUGAUUGUCUCUAGAUGCCCCUAAAAUUGAAGUGUAUAUGUUGAUUUCUGGAUACAUAACUAGUGUGUUACAUAAAUUCUGGUGUUACAGAUAAUCAUAUGUAAAAGGUGUGUUAAGUCCUUUGCAUAUAUGUAUAUUUAUUUUUUUCUGGUU